CGAAUAACUAUAGUUUAUCUUUCGCACUCCAUGCAAAAAUCUCGAUUAAUGUUACGAAUGUAGCUUUUCUCUUUUACUUGUUUUAUGUGUUAUUUUAAUUAAUUUAAAUUAUAAACUAUCACGAUGGAACAGACAGAAAGAGAGAAAAACUCAAAUAGCAGUGCAAGCACAUAUGGUUAUAGACACGUUCAGGUACUCAUGUUGGCAUUCGGUAUGGCGAUUGGAUACACCCUUCGCGUCUCUCUGUCCGUCGCACUCAUUGCCAUGAAAACUCGGAACGCUACCAAUCCUAACAUACGAGUACACGAUUGGAGCCUAGCGAUCCACGGACUCGUGCAGAGCUCGUUUUACUGGGGCUACGUGACGAUGCAAUUGCCGAGCGGCUAUCUGGCCAACACGUUCAGCGCCGCGAAAUUGCUCGGCGUCGGGAUGUUGGCUUGCUCGGGCUUGAACCUGCUGAUGCCGAUCGUGGCGGACGAGUACGGCUACGAGGCCGUGCUGGCGCUUCGCGUGCUCAUGGGAGUCGCGCAGAGCUGCCUGCUGCCCUGCUGCCAUGCCAUACUGUCGAGAUGGGCACCGCCCCGAGAGAGAUCGAGACUCGGCUCGUUCGUGAUCAACGCCGCGCAAUUCGGCACGUUCACGAGCAUGCCGAUCGCUGGAUUACUCGCCAAUUCCACCGUCGGCUGGCCGGGUAUCUUUUACUUUUUCGGUGCACUCGGGCUCCUCUGGAGUCUGCUGUUCUUAUUCAUCGGUUCCGACGAGCCGUCCAAAGAUUCGCGCGUAUCGGACGAGGAGGCCUACUACAUCAAUUUCAGCAUUUUCAGAACUGCGGGCUCGAGUGGCAAACGCUCGAUACCGUGGACUGCGAUUUUCACUUCGUUGCCCGUUUGGGCCCUAACGAUUAUUCACGGUGGUAACAACUACGGAUACUACACGCUUGUCACGACGAUGCCGAGUUACAUGGAGUCCGUCAGCGGCUUUGACGUCGAAGGGUCAGGUGUCAUAUCGGGCCUGCCGUAUUUCGUCAUGUGGCUGUUGGGCUUUCCGUUCGGAAUACUGUCGGACCUCGCUGUGCGCAAAGGCUUGUCGACGAGAUUCGUUCGCAACUUGAACAACACGAUCGGCAUGUGGGUCCCUGCCUUGGCGUUGAUCUGUCUCUGCCUCGUCGACGCGAUCACGAGCAGUCAAGUCCUGUCGGUGGCCGUUUUCGUGGUCGUCGUCGGAAUCAAUGCCGCCGUGUCCUCGGGCUUUCAGAUCAAUCACAUCGAUCUGAGCCCGAAUUACGCGGCGACUCUCAUGUCGAUUUCAAACACGGCGGGAAAUAUCGUCGGUAUUUUGGCUCCUAUCAUCAGUGGUUACAUCGUGCAAGAUGAGAAAAACGUAUCGCAGUGGCAUACAAUUUUCUACAUAACAGCAGCUGUAUACAUUUUAACGAAUUCCUUUUUUAUCAUUUUUGGACGAGGAAAUGUACAACCGUGGAAUAACGACAAUACAAAAAUACGGACUACCAGUACCACAGUUAAUGAAGUUUAUACAAUUGAGCACAAUACGUAAAGAUUCCAAAAACUCGAUCGAAUCGACGAUUGGUGAAACAAAAUUUUUUCAAUGUUCAAAGUAAUUCGGAUAUUCAACAUUUUUUCAAACAUAGUAAUAGUUAGUAUAAUUCAUAUGUGAAUUUAAAGGAAAUAAGAUGUCUGAAGUUAAGUUAUUAUAAUAAUUAUAAGACUUUGACUAAAACACAAAAAAGUUCACUAACUGAAAAUAGUUCAACACUUAAUAAUUUAAAUUAAAUUAUUCUUUAAUUUUUUAAAUGUCAUGCCUUUGCA